AUGGACGAUCCUCAAUUCCGACUAUGUGAGGCCAAGCACCGUUGCAGCCACACCGGGAAUUUGAGAGCCCACCUCACGGCCUGUCCACCUACCAAGCCAACCAAUGCCUGUGAUGUGUGGAAUUACUUGACAGAUGACGAGACGGAGGAGGAAGAGGAGAUAGUUUCUAGCCCUCUUUCUGCUGCACAGACUAUCCCAGAUGAUGAGAAUAAGGAUGACGAGGAACGAAGAUGA